UUUUGUAGUUACUAGAUACGAAAAGAUAUGUCACGACUUAGAUUUGUUGUGGUCGACAACCAGUGCGUUUCACCAUGGCAAAAUUAAGCGUAGAUUUACCAGAUAUUGAAAAUAUUCUUGCUUUAAAUCCACGAGUGCGUUCCCACUCUACUUUAUUACCAUCUGUUGUGACGAAAACAAAUAAGAAACACUGGAAGCGAAACGCUGAUAGGAAAUGCCAGAGUUGUUAUGACCUUGAAAACGACUUUUCUGAUAUUAAACCCACCACGCUAAGUGAAAGAGGUGCAUUAAGAGAGGCUGCAAGAUGUCUAAAAUGCGCCGAUGCGCCGUGUCAGAAAUCUUGUCCAACUCAGCUAGAUAUUAAGGCAUUUAUUACGAGUAUUUCCAACAAAAAUUAUUAUGGCGCCGCUAAAGCCAUUUUCUCGGACAAUCCUUUGGGAAUUACUUGUGGCAUGGUAUGUCCUACUAGCGAUCUCUGCGCUGGAGGCUGUAACUUACACGCUUCCGAAGAAGGCCCAAUUAAUAUUGGAGGGUUGCAACAAUUUGCGACUGAAGUUUUUAGUAAAAUGGGUGUUAAGCAAAUUAGGGAUCCUAAAACCCCUACCCCUAAAAAUUUUUCCCAAAAAAUUGUUUUGGUUGGAGCUGGACCUGCGUCACUGUCUUGUGCUACAUUUUUAGGACGGUUGGGAUAUACAGAUUUAACCAUAUACGAAAAAGAGGAUUUUGUGGGAGGCCUGAGUUCUUCUGAGAUACCGCAGUACCGUUUACCAAUAUCUGUGGUAGAUUUUGAAGUUCAGUUAGUUAAAGACUUGGGAGUUAAAAUAGAGACCGGCAAAGCUCUGUCCAAACAUGAUUUAACAGUGGAAAAACUUUUACAAGAUGCUAAAGCAGUUUUUAUUGGAAUUGGGCUGCCUCAACCUAAACUCAAUCCUUUAUUCAAAGGUCUAACACCUGAAAUGGGUUUUUAUACAUCAAAAAAUUUCUUACCAAAAGUAGCAAAGGCUAGUAAACCAGGUUUAUGUUCUUGCAAGUCCAUUUUACCCAGCAUGAAAGGAACGGCGAUUGUUCUUGGUGCAGGAGAUACUGCUUUUGAUUGUGCUACCUCAGCUUUGAGAUGUGGUGCAAGAAAAGUAUUUGUUGUGUUUAGAAGAGGUUUUACUAAUAUUAGAGCAGUUCCCGAAGAGGUUAAUUUGGCCGUUGAAGAAAAAUGCGAGCUAGUUGGAUUCUUAUCACCACACAAAGUAAAUAUCAAAGAUGGAAAAAUUGUUUCGGUUACUUUCAGUAGAACGGAAGAAAAUGAAGAAGGAAAGUGGGUCCAAGAUGUUGAACAAUUAACCACAAUUAAAGCGAACUACCUUAUAUCAGCUUUUGGCUCUGGACUGGAAGAUCCUGAUGUUAUCGAAGCACUGAAGCCUCUUAGUUUGAACGAAAAUAAAUUACCAAGUGUUGAUCUCAAUACAAUGCAGUCCUCUCAUUCAGCUGUAUGGAUUGGUGGAGAUCUUGCAGGUGUAGCAGAAACAACAGUCGAAGCUGUUAAUGAUGGAAAAACUGCUGCGUGGUAUAUUCACUGUUUUUUGGAAGGUUUACCUAAUACAACAAAACCAAGUUUGCCACUUUUCUAUACAGAAAUCGACGAUGUUGAUCUGUCUGUUGAAGUAUGUGGUAUGAAAUUUGAAAAUCCUUUCGGUUUAGCAUCCGCACCUCCAGCAACCAGCACUGCUAUGAUUAGAAGGGCGUUCGAACAAGGAUGGGGAUUUGCACUUACUAAGACGUUUUCGCUUGAUAAGGAUUUAGUAACAAACGUUUCUCCUAGAAUUGUUAGAGGUACAACUUCUGGACACAAUUAUGGUCCUCAACAGAGUUCUUUUCUUAACAUAGAACUAAUUUCUGAAAAAUGUGCAGCCUACUGGUUACAAGGUGUUAAAGAAUUAAAAGCCGAUUUUCCCACGAAGGUCAUUAUUGCUAGUAUUAUGUGCUCGUACGAUGAAGAGGACUGGAAAGAACUCUCAAAAAUGGCCGAAGAUGCAGGAGCUGACGCUCUAGAACUGAAUUUAAGUUGUCCACACGGAAUGGGUGAAUCUGGAAUGGGAUUAGCUUGCGGCCAAAAACCAGAACUGGUAAAAGGCAUUUCUGAAUGGGUGAAAGCCACAGUAAAAAUUCCUUUCUUUAUAAAAUUAACCCCAAACAUAACCGACAUCGUUGAAAUAGCGCAAGCCGCUUACGAUGGUGGGGCAUCGGGAGUAGCUGCUAUCAAUACAGUUUCAGGAUUAAUGGGUUUAAGCUCUAACGGCACGCCGUGGCCAGCAGUUGGUUUAGAUAAACGUACCACUUAUGGAGGUGUUAGCGGGAAUGCGACGAGACCCAUCGGAUUAAGAGCGGUUUCUGCGGUUGCCAACGCUUUACCAGGUUUCCCGAUUUUAGGCACUGGCGGUAUUGAUUCAGCCGAUGUUACGUACCAAUACUUGCAAGCUGGGGCGGCUGUCGUGCAAAUUUGUAGCGCCAUACAAAACCAAGAUUUCACGUUAAUUGAUGAUUAUAUCACGGGAUUAAAAGCACUCCUGUAUUUGGAUGGCCGAAUGCCAAUGUGGGACGGGCAAAGUCCGCCAACGUUUAAACAUCAAAAAGGGAAACCCGUCGUCCCAAUACGUGUAGCUGACAAUAAAGCUUUACCACAUUUUGGUCCAUUUAUUGCACAAAGAAAGGAGAAGGCCAAGAGUUUGAAAGCUGAUGUACGUUUACAUCACGAUGGACGUGCGAAUGGUUAUUCGGUGACGGAAGAAAACGGCCAGAGCAAUAUACCAAAAGUUGCUGAUAUUAUAGGAAGAGCUUUGCCUCAAAUAGGGGCAUAUAAAAAAUUAGACAACACAAAACAAGUGGUAGCCUUGAUUGAUGAUGAUAUGUGUAUUAAUUGUGGAAAAUGUUAUUUGACUUGCAACGAUUCUGGCUAUCAAGCGAUUUCUUUUGAUCCAAGUACUCAUAUACCGCACGUAACUGAUGAUUGUACAGGGUGUACACUGUGUUUGUCAGUUUGUCCUAUUAUCGACUGCAUAACUAUGGUGCCGAAAACCAUCCCACAUGUGAUUAAAAGAGGCCAGGCUGUUAAACUAGUACAUGCUUUGGAUCCUGCCGCUGUUUAAAUAAAAUGAUUUUAAUUGCAUAGAGUCCAAUAUAGACCAAAAUUAGAAAGCAAUGUUUUAAUAUAUCGAUUGUAAAAUUAUUAUUAAAUGUUAUCUCUUUAAAAUAA